GGUAUAACAAAAUUAUUUUGAUUAUCUUGGCAGUGCUUACUUUGUUGUUUGAUCUUUAUAACCGACCAUAGCGUUGAAAUUGUAAAGGCAUUACUUAAAAAAAAAAAAAAUGGGGAGAAGGAAGUCUAAAAGGAAACCGCCUCCGAAGAGAAAGAACAUUGAACCCCUUGAUCAACAAUUUAAUUGCCCAUUUUGUAACCAUGAAAAAUCGUGUGAAGUUAAAAUGGAUAAAGGCAGAAAUACAGCGAAAAUAACUUGUAGGGUGUGCUUGGAGGAUUUUCAGACCGGAAUUAACUUUCUUUCAGAACCUAUUGAUGUUUACAACGAUUGGGUCGACGCCUGUGAAACAGCAAAUUAAAUGGAAUUCCUUUUAAGUUAGUUAGUAAGUAAAAUAAAUUGCUAGAGCCCCCUACGUAUAGUUUACGAAAACAUUAAGUUUAAUACAAAAAGUAAAAAACAAAGUUUUGUGUAUUUUUGAACGUAUGGAACUGUCUUCAGUUUGUACGCCGGUUGCUCUAGAAGUUACUAUAUAUAGUAAAAUAUAUAAGAAAGAGAUUAACAACAUGUACUCCAAUUUAAAGACA